AUGCCAUCAAAGUGCCCCGUUUGCAACAGAGAGGCAGUUGAUGUAGAAGAAGGAGGAGAACUAGUUUGUACAGAGUGUGGAGCUGUUGUGGAGGGUAGAGUUUUCAACUUUGAUGUUGAUCGUCAAAAUGGCUACACCGCCAUGACAGCUGAUGGUACGGCAAAGUUUGAUGGACGUUACGAUCUACCAAGUACAGUAAGGCAGCGACUACCGACAAGCGACACUUCAGUUUCUAAAAAGCGACUUCAGAAGUUCCUGUAUGAGCUUGCAAAGCGCAUGAAUCUUCCGAACGAAACUGUAAAGGAAGCAAAGGAUUUUCUCUUAACUACUGUAACAUCAAAAAUUAAAUCAGGAGAAAUUCGACAUAUAAGUCGUCACAGAGACAUUCUUACUGCGAGUUGUCUGUUUAUCGUUUGCAGGAGGAAUCACAUGCAAAUAAACUACAGACGUAUGGCCGAGAUCGCGCAAUGUAACAUGUUUAGUCUCGGUAAAUCGGUGAAAAUCAUUUUAAAAGCUCUCGAUCUUCAAUUGGAGCCGAUUGGAACUGAGUCUUCGCUAGGAUGUGUUCUUGCUCAGUUGGAUGUUGAGGAUAAGUCUGCUGAGAAGACCUGCUUUGAUUUGUUUCACAUUUUUAAGUACUUCAGUCUGGUCGGCGAGAGAAAUCACUUUGCCUCUGCUAUGGCUUUGGUUCUUAUUGUACUGGAAGGUAAAAGAAUCCCUCUGCGCAAAGAAAAGAUUGCAGAAGUGUUAGGCAAAAAUUCUGUGACAGACACCCAGCUGAAAUCACAAUCAAAGAAUACCAGAAGGGGUUUAAUCGAACUGGCAAAAGAUGUACCCUGGAUUCCAAAAUCACUUAAGACGACUGCCAUUGCUAGGCAUAUUGAUGACAUUGUUGAUUUCCACAAAAACUGUGGAAAGAUGGAUUUGUCUGCAGUUAAGUCUCUGUAUAUGAAGAGGAAAGAACUUGCACAAAACAAUCGUAAGAGAAAGAUACAGAUGGCUAAAGCACGCAUAGACAAGGAAAAAAAGCAACAGCUUUGCAGCUCAAGGGAAGACAGUUCAUCUACUACUGAUACCCUGGCUAAUCUUUCAGGUCCAAGCAGUUCUUUAACUAACCAAAGUAAGGAUGGUGGUGUAACAGGAGAACCAGUAACACACAAUUUGCAUGUUGAUGGUGUUGACAGAGGCCAGCAGAGUACUUCUGCAGAUGCUCCAGAGUUUAGCAUCGACAGUGAGCUGGAUGAUAAUGAUACCUUGAUAGAAGGCCUGUUGAGGAGUGGCUACUCUGAGGAAGAGUUGAUGGAUGGUUAUUUUGAAUCAAGAAUGGUUGAUCUUCAGGGCAGCUGUGACCCUGAGGGGGAGAGAGAAGAUCUGGAUGAACUUGAUAUCAGUGAGUCUGAUAUGCAUCAUUAUUUGAAGUCUGUUGCUGAAGUGGAACGAAUAAGGAAUCUUCAGAAAGAUGACUCUUAUCAAGCAGUAGGACAAAGUCAGUAA